AAAAAAGCCUUUGUGUUCGGCAACAAUGACACGUGGGCGAUGUUGAAUUUGGACAGUUUAGCCCUUGCAGCCCUCCCACUCAACAGAGAAAAUAUUGACAGUCUUAUGGGUGACGGAGUUGGUGGCCCCCCUCAUCCACCAAUUGUAUUUUAUGGCAACUCGAGAUCAAUUCAGACCUGUAGUUGAACAAAGACAUAUCAUGGCCGCAUCAAACAGCCCACGAGACGUCCAGUCAAAGUUAUGGGUCCCAAUGAUCGUUAUUGUCGUGGUUGUACUGCAAGUAGCUUCGACGACUGGACUCCUCGUCUUCUUGAACAUGUCAGUUGCUCAGGUGAGGAGUCAAGGGGUGGCUGAGGAGUUACGUUGCCUGGGGCUCCUUAAUGCCCUGGAGAAAGACCAGGAGAUACCGGAGUCUCUGGUUCAACUGUUUGGGGAGCCCUGCAUCAAACUGGCCCAGGGAAUAAGGGCCUAUGUCACCAAGGUGACAGAAAACAUUAUUUCAAAACACGCCGUUCCAGAGCCCAGUGCCCAGCCCAGAACCAAGCCCGUCAGUUCCGCAGGGCAUCGGAAGCCCUCUGCCCACCUCACACUCCGAGACAGUAGCUUACAGGGCCCUAUAUCCCUGGCCCCUCAGAAAGACCUGCAUCAGUCCUGCCGCCACCCGGUCCGGUCCUGGGGCAACCAGAGUUUCGGCUCCCAUCUCCACAACAUGACCCUGUCUCAUGGACGCCUACGCAUCCCCCGGUCCGGACGUUAUUACUUGUAUGCCCAGGUGUACUUCCGCUAUCCCUCCCUCACCCACGAGGGGGGUAACCACCAUGGGGGCUCCUCCAGCUACCAGCUGGUCCAGUGUGUCUACAAGAAGACGUCAUACGCCAAGCCCCUUCAGUUGCUGAAGGGGGUGGGCACCAAGUGCUGGGCGCCUGACACUGAGUAUGCCCUCCACUCUGUCUACCAGGGAGGCCUGUUUGAGCUGAGGGCCGGGGAUGAGAUCUUUGUUUCUGUGUCGUCGCCUACAGCCGUGCACGCAGAGGACUCAUCCAGCUAUUUUGGGGCAUUUCGAUUUGACCCAUGAGCAUGGAGGUUAAGGAGGGAAAAGCCCUCUCACACAAGAGGAUACUAAACAUGUACUGUACAUAGACUACAAAUCACCAUGGUUCUGACAUAGCUAGCCACAGACUGGUGCACAGGCCAUUAAUAAAACUGGCUCACAGAUGGCUACAUUAGAACUAUAUAUUUGAAUAAGAGUGGUGCGGACUAAUUGGCAUCCCGCUUUGGUACUGUAGCACAAUCAGGAAUAAGAAUCUUCAGCACUGAGAGGGAUAGUGAAAAUGCAUAAGACUAAGGAAUGUGUGAAUUCUUCGAUAUACAGUAUGGCAUGCAGCACUACCAACUACCAACGAUAACUAUAGCUCUGGUGUCCAUAUGAAACCACUCUUCAGCCCUGAUCUCUCUAGACAUACCGGUUGCUUCCCACAAUGUACAUGUUGCCCUAAGUCUGGGAUUUCCAAGACUAGCUCUGAUCUGACCUGCAACUUACACUAAAGUUGAUUUAAAUUUUAACAUUUGUUUUUGAUUUAAACAAGCACUCUUGCACCAGGGUGUUAUUUUAGUGUUGAAUGUACCUAUUGAGAAUACAAGCUCUAACUAUAGCUAAUUAUGGAUGAUUAACAAACAAUGGGCUCAAGGGGUAAAAACAAGGAAUGGUGAAAGCUCUUCUUGAUCCUGGCAUAAUCUUCUCAUUUGUACAAAACCUUAUUUAAUGGGCGUCGGUAGUCGGUAAGGCUCGAAGGGAUUUUGGUAAUGGCCCUCUUGGGAUUCCUUCAUCAUACUGAGAAUUAUACUAUUUAUUCCGUUUAGCAUAGGGCGGCGCACAAUUGGCCCAGCGUCGUCUGAGUUAGGGGAGGGUUUGGCUGGGGAGGCUUUACAAGUAGUCCAUCAUUGUAAAUAAUAAUUUGUUCUUAACUGACGUGCCUAGUUAAAUAAAAUAGCAAUGAACUGCUUUUUUUCAGCAACAACUUUUGAUUGUUUUCUGUGGGUGGAGGUAUUACUGAUUACUGCAGUUAACCAGAUAUCAGUACUAGUCUUCAGUCAUACUCCACUGGACAUAUGCAUCAAUUUAACGUCUGUUUGAUUCAACCAGUGUGUGCCCAGUGGGACAGAGAUUCAACACUGGACAGUAACUUAGUACUACUGUAGACGACUAGCUAAUAAUACUAUAAUAAUAAGUAUAACGCAAACAUCUAGCAACCCAAAGGUUGCUUGUUUGAAUCUCAUCACUGACAACUUUAGCAUUUUAGCAACUACUUACUUUUUUUUUGGUUGCAACUA